AUGGCGCCCGUGGAGACGGAGAAAUCCAUUACUCUUCCACGAACACACAUUGUUCUCGUCCCGCUCAUGGGGCAGGGCCACACCACCCCCAUGGCCGACCUUGCGUGCCUCAUUGCGGGACGCGGCGUGCGAGUGAGCCUCGUCACCACGCCCGUCAACGCUGCGCGCCUGCGGGGACUAGCCGACAGGGCGCGGAGCGCCAUGUUGCCGCUGGAAAUUGUCGAGCUCCCAUUCCCGCCGGCCGACGACGGGCUGCCCCGGGGCAGCAGCGACAAUAGCGACAAUGUCCUCCAAUUGUUCCUGUCCCUCUAUAGGCUAGCCGGGCCACUCGAGGCGUACGUGCGCUCGCUGCCCUGGCGCCCCAGCUGCAUCAUCUCCGACUCCUGCAACCCGUGGACGGUCGGCGUCGCCAGGAGCGUUGGGGUCCCUCGGCUCACCUUCACCGGCCCUUCCUGCUUCUACUCGCUCUGCGACUUCAAUGUCGUAAAGCACGGGCUUCUUCACAGCGGCAACGUCGUGCCGGGCAUGCCGGUGCGAGUGGAGUUGAGCAAGGACACAUGGGCCGCUGCCUUCUUAACUUGCAUGCCUGCGUGGGGGAAGUUCGUGGAGGAGGUGAGGGAGGGCAUCCGCACGGCCGACGGUGCCGUGGUGAACACGUUCCGGGGCCUUGAGGAACAGUUCGUCGCAUGCUACGAGGCAGCGUUGGGCAAGCCGGUGUGGGCGCUCGGGCCCUUCUUCCUCAAUAGCCGGGACGAGGAGGCACGCACCAUAGACCAGAGCACGGUCAUCGCUUGGCUGGACAUGAUGGACCAAAGCACGGUCGUCUAUGUCUGUUUCGGCAGCCUCGCGCAGAUGCUUCCCAAGAAGCUGUACGAGAUCGGACACGGCCUCGAGGACUCUGGGAAGCCAUUCCUUUGGGUGGUGAAGGAGUCCGAGACGGUUUUGCCAGAAGCAAAAGAGUGGCUCCAAGCCCUCGAGAUGCGCACGGCAGGGCAUGGGCUCAUAGUGCAUGGCUGGGCGCCUCAGGUCGCCAUCCUGUCACACCGCGCCGUAGGUGGCUUCAUGACCCACUGCGGGUGGAACUCGCUGCUGGAGUCCGUCGCGCAAGGCGUGCCUGUCAUGACGUGGCCUCACUUCGGUGACCAGUUCCUCAAUGAGCAGCUUGCGGUGGACGUACUUGGCGUCGGCGUGCCAGUUAGGCCGUUCGAUGGCGAAAAGGCCGUGGACCUUGUAGUGCGGGGGCACAUUGCACGAGCAGUGUCGGAGCUGAUGGGCGAUGGGGCAGUGGCAGAGGAGAGGAGGAGAAAGUGCAAGGAGUACCGGGAGAGAGCUCACGGAGCCAUGGCGAAAGGAGGCUCGUCGCAUGGAAACCUGACACUGCUAUUACGCAGCUUCAUGCGGAGUGGCAGCAAGGAACAGGUUAAUUCCGUUUGCUCUGCUAGGUGA